UCCCAGCAGGCCUCUGGAGACGCGCUUCCCUCGCUCUUUCCCAGGACCACAAUUCCCAGAGUCUUGACUUCCCGGCCUUUCUCUCUCUGGUCUCUUUUGUAGCUGGCUGGGCCUUGGCCGGCCAGCAGGCCCUCAGCCACUACGUGGUCCGUCGUGUCAGGUCCCAGGGUUUCCUCCGCGGCCCGGCUUGCUGCCCCCUCCGCUCUCCCGGGGCAGGCCGUCGCGGCUGGCCUGAGCGGUGACCUGGCGGGCCGCGCCUGCGCCCUGCCGCGUUUCCUGCCUGGCUGGUGGCGGCGGCCAUUUUGUUCAUCCUCCUCCUCCUCCUGCUCCUCCUGGUUGGAGAGCAGUGUCCGGAGCGGGCUGGGGGGAGUGAGCCCGAGAGCCGGGUUCGGUUCCUUCUCCUCUGCCCCCAGCCGGUGCCCGGAGCCCCCCUCCCCUUCCUCCCCACCCCCUCCCCUCCCCAGCCCUGCCCUCCCCCUUGUCCCGGGAUCGCUCCGUCGCACCCACCAUGAUGGAAGACGACGGACAGCCCCGGACUCUAUACGUAGGUAACCUCUCCAGAGAUGUGACAGAAGUCCUUAUACUUCAGUUAUUCAGUCAGAUCGGACCCUGUAAAAGCUGUAAAAUGAUAACAGAGCAUACAAGCAAUGACCCAUAUUGCUUUGUGGAAUUUUAUGAACACAGAGAUGCAGCUGCUGCAUUAGCUGCUAUGAAUGGGAGAAAAAUUUUGGGAAAGGAGGUCAAAGUAAACUGGGCAACAACACCAAGUAGCCAGAAAAAAGACACUUCCAAUCACUUCCAUGUGUUUGUUGGGGAUUUGAGUCCAGAAAUCACAACAGAAGAUAUCAAAUCAGCAUUUGCCCCCUUUGGUAAAAUAUCAAUUGCUCAUAAGAAUGGACAGGAUCUUGAAGGCUAACUGCAAGGAACUGUGCACACUGGAACUCAGUUGUAGAUUUUUUUUCUCAUUUCUAUUUAUUCUUAUUAUACAUUAUUUAUAUAUACAUAUUUUAGUAUUUACAUUUUAACAUUCUAUAUUCAGUGGAGUUCUAUAUUUCCAAUCAUUUUAACUUACUCACUAAAAUUUCUGUGUAAAUUUGUUGUUUUCGUACUGGUGUGCUUAGCAUUGUGUUAGUUUUUUAUUCUCCUUUCUUAAAUUUCUGAAAAUGUCAAUUUUUCAAAAUUUACAGCUGUCCAAACUCCAAAAUGAUGAUAGAGAAUUGACCAAGAAAAAUAAAGAAAUCUGUUAACAGGCCAUGGAUGCCCGGGUAGUUAAAGACAUGGCAACUGGAAAGUCCAAAGGCUAUGGUUUUGUAUCUUUUUAUAAUAAACUGGAUGCAGAAAAUGCAAUUGUGCAUAUGGGGGGUCAGUGGUUGGGAGGUCGACAAAUCAGAACCAAUUGGGCCACACGUAAACCACCUGCACCUAAAAGUACACAAGAAACUAACACUAAGCAGUUGAGAUUUGAAGAUGUAGUAAACCAGUCAAGUCCAAAAAAUUGUACUGUGUACUGUGGAGGAAUCGCUUCUGGGCUCACAGAUCAGCUUAUGAGACAGACAUUCUCCCCAUUUGGACAAAUUAUGGAGAUAAGAGUUUUUCCAGAGAAGGGUUACUCAUUUGUCAGAUUUUCAACUCAUGAAAGUGCAGCCCAUGCCAUUGUUUCAGUGAAUGGUACUACAAUCGAAGGACAUGUGGUUAAAUGCUAUUGGGGUAAAGAAUCUCCUGAUAUGACUAAAAACUUCCAACAGGUUGACUACAGUCAGUGGGGGCAGUGGAGCCAAGUGUAUGGAAACCCACAACAGUACGGACAGUACAUGGCAAAUGGGUGGCAAGUUCCGCCUUACGGAGUAUAUGGGCAACCAUGGAAUCAACAAGGAUUUGGAGUAGAUCAAUCACCGUCUGCUGCCUGGAUGGGUGGAUUUGGUGCUCAGCCUCCCCAAGGACAAGCUCCUCCCCCUGUAAUACCUCCUCCUAACCAAGCUGGAUAUGGUAUGGCAAGUUACCAAACACAGUGAGCUGGGACUCUGAACAGAAUUGUAACUCAUGAUAGGCUGCAAUUUCCUGUGACACUCUGAAGACAUGAAAAGUAGACAUCGGAAAACGAAAAUAUUUAUUUUAAAAAUUGAAAUGUUUGGAACCUUUAGCACAGCUUUGCUUUGGUGAAGGACACGUGUCUUCUAGUUUUGCCUUUUUUUUUGUUCAUGAUGGAUAUGAACAUGAUUUUUCUUUGUGUACAAAAACUAAAAUAAAGUCAAUAAAGACAAUUCUGACUACAGAUUUUGAUAUAAUAGGAGAAAUGGGUAAUACAUUUUGAUUUUUAGACACUAUUCCGUUUUUAUCUUGCUGUUCAGUAUUUUAACUCACUGUGUUUUUAAAAGAGCAAAAAAGGGAGUAUCGUGAAUGACUGAGAAUCACAUAAUUCAUCCUGAGCCCUGAUCUUCCCCUCCCGUCCCUGAGGUGGACCCCAUGAGACGGCAGCAGGAAGAUGCUCAGAAGUACGGGAUGGGGAGCCAUGGUGGAAGAGACACUCGCUUCCCUCUGUGCCUGAAGAAACCGAAGCCAGACUGGAAUUCUGCAGCCAAAAUAAGGAACAGCAUUGUCUAGUUACUUGAGAAUAUUGGUGGUCCACAUUAAGACAUAUUUUUAAAACUUAAAAAAGUGUUGGUUAUUAAAAAUGUAGAAUAUUACAUUUCAUUUUGGGGGGAACUCCAAGUAUGAUGUUUGUAUUAAAGUCAGACAGACAUACUUGUGCUUUUACAUGAAGUUUAAAUGAUAAACAUUGUAAAUAUUGAAUAACUACAGUGUUUAAAAAGCAUGCUUCAACAUAGAAGUAGCAGCAAUGUAAUUAUUUGAGGUAACACAUAACACAUUCCACUACAUUGAAUGCAGUGGAUUGAUAAGAUUGUUUAAGACUGACACUCAAGGUUGGGUAUGUAAAAUUAAAU